CUGGCGCUUCCUGUUUCCGGUUCCCAGAGUGGAGCACCGCGAGGCGCUGAGGGGAACGCUGGCUGUGACACGAGCUCUGGGACUGGGGUCUGUGGCUGGCCCCUCGCUGGCCCUGUCUCCCAGCCCCAGACAGGUACUCACCUGGGGAGUCUGAGCUUUGGCUACUCCCUUUGCCCGUGACACGAUGUUCCCCUUCUACAGCUGCUGGAGGACUAGAUUACUGCUGCUGCUACUGCUGGCUGUGACGGUGAAAGAAUCCUGGCAGGCAGAAGAGAAAACCUGUGACCUGGUAGGAGAAAAAGGUAGAGAGUCAGAGAAAGAGUUGGCUCUACUGAAUAGGAUGAAACCACUGUAUAACAAAAGCUUUGAGAGCACUGUGGGCCAGGGCCCAGACAAGUAUAUGUACAUAUUCAGAGUGUGCCGAGAAGCUGGCAACCACACCUCUGGGGCAGGCCUGGUGCAGAUCAAUAAAAGUAAUGGGAAGGAGACAGUGGUGGGGAGACUCAACGAGACUCACAUCUUCAAUGGAAGUAAUUGGAUCAUGCUGAUCUAUAAAGGGGGUGAUGAAUAUGACAAUCACUGUGGCAGGGAGCAGCGCCGUGCAGUGGUGAUGAUCUCCUGCAAUCGACACACCCUAGCGGACAAUUUUAACCCUGUGUCUGAGGAGCGAGGCAAAAUCCAAGAUUGUUUAUACCUCUUUGAGAUGGAUAGUAGCCUGGCCUGUUCUCCUGAGAUCUCCCACCUCAGUGUGGGUUCUAUCUUACUUGUCACGUUUGCAUCUCUGGUUGCUGUCUAUAUCAUCGGGGGGUUCCUAUACCAGCGACUGGUGGUAGGAGCCAAAGGAAUAGAGCAGUUUCCUCACUUAGCCUUCUGGCAGGAUCUUGGCAACCUGGUAGCAGAUGGUUGCGACUUCGUGUGCCGUUCUAAACCUCGAAAUGUGCCUGCUGCAUAUCGUGGUGUGGGGGAUGAUCAGCUGGGGGAGGAAUCAGAAGAAAGGGAUGAUCAUUUAUUACCAAUGUGAUUGCACUUUAAAUGCCCAGCUUCUUCAGCCCCCCGCCCAGACCAAAGCAUACUCAGCCAGAUUUCUGAAGCAAUCUCUCUACUCCAGUCUCUCCUCUCACCCUUAAUGUUGCUCUUGCUUUCCAGUUUGCUUUUGGUUUGCAUCCUCUUCUCACUAGUUGAUAUGCCUUCCCUUUUUCCUUAUUUUUGGUUUUUCCUCAAGAGGUAGAGUUGUAGGUCAGAGGUUAACAGGGCCAGUGACAAGAGGCUAUUGCACUGUCUUGGUACAGGAGGGUACAGUUAGGAUCAUUUUAAUGAGCAAAAGCAUGUGGCAGGCUUGCUGACCCUUUUUUAAACACAUUUUCACAAGUUCUUGAGACACUGGAUUUCUUUAAUUAAAAAAAAAAAAAAAAAGGAAAGAAACAUUAUUUAUACAAGGUUGGAUUGCUUUCAUGCUCUUACUCUGCACCCUCCA